GUGAUGUAUAGGAAAGGAGGAGGCAUUCAACUUGUUGAUUCCGGAAUCGGGACUGACAAGCUCGGAACCAGCCGGCGGAACUGUGAGCCAACGCCACAUGCUAGCUCAUCCCCACUCUCGGGUCCAACGUGCCUUCUGUGCUCACCAUCAAGGCAAGCCCUGCUGAGUGGAAAGGGCAGCUGCGGCCACGGGUCAGCAUUCCAAGACUUGGAAGCCUCGAUUCACCAAGAAUGAGAAUCAAUCACCAAUUUUGUUCGUCAAUUACUUUUCGUGAUAU